AAUAUACAAAUUAUCAAAAAAAAUAAUACAUAACCUAAACUGUCAAAUUAUACAUAGAUCGCUUCGAUAUUAUAAGUAUUUUUUAUUAUAAGUAUUUUUUACACGAAGUUUUAACUCAAUAGUUUUUUCCUCGAUGUAGUUCAUUGUGUAAAUAGUUGGUUAGUCCUUAAUUAUGUGUGAAUUACCACCAGAAUUAAUUAUUAAACCAUUAGCUCUUAUUGGCUUAAGUGGUUUAAAUAUUGUCAAUCCUAUACAUCGGUCAAUUUGGGAUGCAUUCAGUAAUAAUCGAAGAUUAGAAAGUUCUGCCAUACAAUUUAAAUUACUUACUCCUACUCAUGAAUUUCCUACAGUAAAACCCAAGAGAAAUUCAUAUGAAUAUUAUAAACCUAAAGGAAUAUUAAAACGUAAUUGGAUGAACAAAUAUCUUAAUGAAAUUCCAGCUGUAGUUGUUGUAUUUUAUAAUUUAGAUUGGAAUGAUCCACAAUGGAAUGAGAAAAAAAUGGAAUGUGCUUCUAAAGUACAAUCUCUCAGAAAUGCUUUGGAUGGAAGAACUACAAAAAUAGCUGUAGUACUUAUACAGCAAUGUACACAACCUCCACCAGGAUCUGAAAAUGCUAUUGCAACUGAACGUGCUACAGCUGUGUGUGGAGCAUGUGAACUAUCUCCAAAAUUAUUAUAUAUUUUACCACAUGGAAAUCAUUUAUUGGGAUACAUUUCUAGAUUGGAAAGUGCUUUAUAUGAUCUAGCACAAAACUUUUAUCAUCAUGAAUAUCGUAUUGUCAAAGGACAUAGAGAUCAACUUAAUAAAACUGUGCAAAAAAAUACAUAUAAACAUUUAUUUGUACGCCAUCAAUUUAAAAUGGCAUUUUUAAAUGAAUUGAAACAAGAUCAAAAUUUAGCUCAGAAGCAUUAUACUCAAGCAUAUAAUCAUUUAUUAGAAAUACAAAUAACAGACACAAAUGUAAUGGAAAUUACAACUAUUGCUUCUUUUAUAAAUUAUAAAUUAUGUAAAAUAAUGUUCAACUUAAAUGUUCCUAAAGAUGCUAUAUCACAAUUUAGACUUCAUACUGACAGAUUUAAAUUAUGGACUGGUCCAAAGGAACUUAUAUUUGAACAUCAUGCUUGGAUGUGUAGUCAAUUUUCCACAUUUGCAGAAUUAUUUGAUGAUGCUAUUCGACAAGGACUUCCUGCUGUUCAAACUCAGCAUCCUGGAUAUUAUUUUCAAUCAGCAGCUCAUCAUGCAGGUUUAAGGCAAGCAGCUUGCAAAGAACUUUGUCAGAAUGUAAAUAGCUAUCCAGAACCUGAUCCAUUAGCAGGAGAAGAAAAACUUGAAUUCUAUGGACAGCGACCAUGGCGUCCUGGAAAAUUAAGUGCAGAACCUGCAGAUUCUAUGAAAGAAGUACUUGCUAUACAGGCUUUGCAGUAUAAAGAAAAAUAUACAGUUAAUCAUUCAAAUAUAAUUAUUGGUUUAUUGGGUAAUGCAAUUUCACAAUUUAAAGUAUAUAGAUGUCCACGAAUGAGAAGAGUAUUAGUUGUACAAAUGGCUGAAGAAUAUUAUAAUUGUAAGGAUUAUGGAAAAGUUCUAACAUUAUUGAUGCACAUGUUAUGGGAAUAUCACGGUGAACGGUGGCCUGUCUUAAUCACAAAUAUCUUAAAAAAUGCUUUGCGUGCGGCAUAUCUUUCCACGAAUAUUCAAGACUACAUCACCUUGGCAUUUGAAGCUUUGGGACCUUCUACUACAUUUUCGGAGGAUUAUAAAAUUUCUAUCUAUAAUAAUAUUAUUAAUAUUCUUCAUAAAAAAUCACCAACUCCGGAUUCUGAUUUACCCGAUGAUGUGAAAUAUCCCGCAGUAGAAAAAUGGAUAAUCGAACUUAAUCAAUCAGAACCACUUGUUUUUACAAUUGAUGAUAAUAACAUGAGUUCGUUUAUAGAAGUUAAAGCAAGGUUUUUGCAACCAAAGUAUGCAGUCAAUUCUAUGGUUAGUGUGGAAGUCAUUAUUAGAAAUUCAUAUAGUAAUACCAUUGAAUUUUCUAAAAUAUCAAUAACAAUUAAUAAUCCAGGAUAUAAUGAAGAAUUUAUUAUUAAUGAUACUAAACAUAGUAAUCUUAUUUUUCAUGGGAAAGAAAUGAAAAAAUUUCUUCAUCAAUUUCAAGCUCCACAAAAAAAUGAUAGUAAUGAAAUGCGCAUUACUACAAUUUCAUUGUACAUGGGUAAUGAUGAAAGUUGCUGCAUUAUUUUGAGAUUUUCUGCUCUAGGAAGAGAAACAAAUUUUUUAAGCCGAUUAUAUCCUGAAAUACAACAACUUCGAGGAGAAUUCGAAACAAUACAACCAUUAGUCAGUGCCGAAAUAAAACAGGAAGAAUCUAGUCUAAGUAUAAGUGCAGAAUCAAAUAAUCCGGCGCUUUUAGGAGAAUGGCUACCUAUUAAUAUAUCUAUUACUGCUAAUGAAGAAAUAUCAUCAGCAAUUUUAAAUGUAUUACUUGUAUCUGAUGGAACAAAUGAACAAUCAACGGAAUUAAGCUUAACAAUGAAUAAUAAACAAUCAGUAAUAUCGAUAUCCAUUAAUAAUUUGGGAAAUAAUUGCGUUACUCGUCAAACUGUAUAUUUAAGAGCUCACAAAGUUGGUGAUCGAGAUAUACAUAUAAAGGUAGAAUAUUCAAGAUCUAAACAAAUUAAAGGAUUUAAAGAAUUAAUAUAUUCAUUGUCAGUUACAAAACCAUUUGAAAUAUCAACAUUAUUUUAUACAUCACUUUUUGAACCAUUAACAAAAGGUUUUAUUUAUGAACCAUUUAUAAUUAUGCCUCAUAUUUCUUGUAUCUCUCCAUGGCCUAUAUAUAUUAUAAAUACUUCUAUAGAAUUGGGAGAUUCAAUAGAAAGAGAGAGUGAAGAUCAAUCAGUAUCUGUUUUGGCCGGUAUUACAUUAUCUGAAAAUGAAACAAGUACAGAUGCAUAUUAUUUGAUACCAAAAGUGAGUGGUGAACAACCUAUCAGUACAGGUGUUUAUACCAUUAGAUGGAAACGUGCAAAUGAUGAUAAUGCAUUAGAAACUAGUAGUAGUGUUACUUUAUCUCCGUUAGGAAUUGAAGAUGCAGUAAUUGGUUUAGAAGCUAAAUUACCUGCUCAUGGUUGGGUUCGUACACCGUUACUAAUAUCGUAUUUUAUAAAAAAUCAUUCCGAUCAAAUGAUUACGUUACGAUUAACUAUGGAAGCUAGUGAUGCUUUUAUGUUUGCUGGACAAAAACAAAUUGAUAUUUAUAUACUUCCAAAAAAUGAAAGAAAAGUUGAAUGGAUUUUACGACCAUUGGUGGCAGGUUUUGUACAACUUCCAACAUUAUCAUUAACAAUUCCUGAUGAUGAAUACAAAUUAAGUAAAACGCGACUUUUGGAAAUGGUAGAGAGAUCAAUACCAAGUCAUAUAUAUAUCCUUCCAACUUCACAAACUAUAGAAGAAUAAAUAAAAUAUCAAAUGUAGUGAGAAGAUAGGUAAUAGAGAAAAAAGAAAUUUUGUUCUUUUAUCAUAAUACAUUGAGCCACAGAUACAUUAUCUAUACAUUCUUAAAUAUAAAAAAAAUUCGUAUUUAAAAUUAUAAAUACUAAUUUGUUAAAUAUAAUUUAUUUAAGUUA